AUGUCUUCUCGAGGCGCUGCGGGCGCCACAAAGCCUAAGCUACACAACGUAAAUAGUAUCUACGCAGGCAAAAAUCACACUGCCGUUAAGGCGCCCGGCUUGGGCAAGCAUGGCUUGCAAAGUCUUGGAAAGACAACCGCUGUGGUUAGGCGUAUGCCACCGCCUGCGACUUUACCUUCCUUAAGAGCUGAGAGUCAAGGACAAGAUCCUAAUGUUGCUUUAGUGCCGCAAGGCGGUACUGGAUGGAACAAAACUGCUACUGUUGAAAAUACAAAUUCUUCUGAUUUGACAUCAAUCUCAAAACAAAGUGGUGGUGUCCCAGGAAGUGGAACUAGUGCUUUAGGUUCACAGAAUAUUGGACAACAUACUACUGAUCUUAGGCCAACAUGGGCGAAACCGGCAAGCUCCCUCGAUAUGAACGCAUCAGCCGCGCAGAAUGCGACUGCUGUCACUGCUUCUGUCCGCGAUUUCCCGUCACUUGCGGCAGCGACUGCCUCGGCGGGCAAGCAAAGCAGUGCGUUGUUAAACGACUCACUGAAACCUCAAAGUUGGUAUUCAGAUUCAGGCAGUUGGCGCGCAGGUGGGGGUUCGGCUCAGUCAAAAAACGAGGGCGAGGAAGUCAGCUCUUCGCAAUCGCGUUCUGUGGGGAACAUGUUAUAUCCGUCGUCUACUGCACCACCUCGAAAUGCAGAAAGACAGUUGCCUUCGAGGUAUUACGAUGGUUCCGACGUUUACUCUCCGCCGAGCGGACCGUAUCAAAUUCCCAAACAGGUCCAAAACAUUUCAAUGUCUGUCGGGUCGCAGAUGAAGUCAGAAAACCGUUAUUCAGUACAGGAAGAUGUUUCAACUCGGGCGUCUCAGCCCGUAAAUGUACCUCCACCUGCAAGCAACGCGAUUGUGUUUCCUGCAAAUGUAGCAGUACCACCGCCGAACUAUUCUCAACCACCCCCCAAUUUUCAGCCCGUUCAGACACGAAAGGCUCUCUACACUCCGCCUCAGAUGAUUUCUCAAACACCUACAGAAAGUGGGAAGUUAAGAAUGGAAGAGGUGCAGGAAGUAAUGCAGAAAAAUGGACGUGGAGACGUAGGAUACAGAGAUGAACAGGCGAGAUCGUUGCCUGUGAACACGAACGAUAGCCAAACUAUUCCACUUGGUGCUGAAACUGGUGAAGCUGAAAGGCUUAUGCACGAAGGAAACGAAAAAAAGGAUAAAAAUUACGCGCCGAAUGAACGUCAUUCACGGCUUAUGGGUGAUGUCGACUGGCCAAGUUCUCAAUGUGGAUACAUAGAUCGUGAGGCAGAGAGUCGUCGAUGGCGCACUGCGGGUGGUGGAGGACAGGAUCCAGGUCCCAUACCACCAGAAAAUGCACAGUUCCAUUAUGGACGUGAGCACGAAGAGGAUUUCGGUCGACGGGAAAACGUUGAAAGGGAGGCUGCAAUUGAGAGAUCUCGGAGGAAGAGGCGCACUGCAAAUCAAAAUUCUUUGCAUGUUGAGAAUGAUACUAUUACUUCCUCAACAUAUAACAGCAGUCGUGCGGUUGGAUCAUUUGAAAAUGACACAUACUCGGAGUGGGAUCGUUCCACACAACAAAACAAUUGUGCACAGCCCCCGAACGAAAAUGCCGUAUAUGGAGAUAAGGGUAGCAGCAGAAACCAACAGUGGGGAUUACGUUAUGAGGGAAAUGAAUUUGAGGAUGCAAAGCGCGAUGUGAAGAAGCAUGAUGAAGUAGACGUAGCUGGAAAACUGUCUGAGUAUAAAAUGUUAAGGAGGCCUGAAAGUCGGGAGUCAACAGAACUUUCGCAGCAAGUGUCACAGAUUUCGUUACAAGAUGAAGUGGAAGAUGAGGAAGAUGAAUUACAACUUACGAAGUUGGCUCACGCAACAACUAAAGUUGUUAAACGCGUUGCACCUAGCGUUAGUGCCAAGCAACAGGCGGAUGGAAAAAGUGGUUCUAACCAAAAUACGGUUGUAUCUUCACCUACUCAAUCUGUUACUGUUUCUGUUCCUCCACAACGUCAGCAGCCCAGAACUAAUGCGGAGAAAAGAAAGCCUGAGCCAACAGGGAAACGCCAAGAAGUUUUUGCAGAAGCUCCAACUUCGAGAUCUAAUGAGCGAGAAAGAAAGCCUCGGCUCACUAAGGAAGAGAAAUCACAUGAGGAUGCUGUCAUGACGAAUUCGAAACAAACGACUCCGCCAACAAUUGUUGCCGCACCUUUACCCACUGAUAAUGUGUGGGAAAAACGAGCUGAGGAAAGAGAAGUGGCGCAAAGGGCUGCUAAAAAGGAGUACAUAGAUACCGCUCAUUUUCCGGCAUUUAAUGAAGAGUCAAAUCUAGGAGAGCUUGCGUCACAUUCCAGCGACACUAGUGGAAUUAAUCUUGCCGCUAAAAUGGGCAGUAAAGUGGUAAAUGAAGAAAUUUUUUUAGAAAACUGGUCUGACAACACCCACUCGGGGGUUUAUUCACACUUCGAAUCCAAUGACUUCUACGGUCAAGACGAUGAGGAAGAUAGUGGACAGUUAUUCCGUGGUCAACGAGAGUUUGUUAAUUCACGAGUAAGUGCACAUCAUCGUGCUCGUGGAAGUCUCCUUGGUGGACGUGAUUCUAAGGGCAGAGGUGUUGUUGGUGGGCUUCGACGGGGCACCACUAUUUCUCACCAAACAAAUAUUCGUGGCCGCCGGUUACCGUUACAUCAUGGAGAACGAAGCGAUAGGUACAGCCAGAGAAGGAGCAAGCACCAAGAAGAAAAUACUCCAGAACAGGAAGACAAUUUCGCAAACAUGGGUGAAUUUCGUGUUGAAGAUACAUACCCCUUACUCACUUCAGCCGAUGAAAAAGUGUCUAAUGAAACUUUGAAAAAAGAUGAGGCAUCAGAAGGUGCAAGAAAAACGAAUGGAGAGCGUCGUGGAGGUCGAACGCAAAAGACUCAUGGUCAGAGGCUGCAGCAACAGUACCGCAGCACUCAGCAGUAUUACCAGCCUCGCCCUCAAAAUGAGGAAUAUAACUCUCGUUCUGGUACUCGUGGUAGUAAUCGUACUCGUGGAGCAGCACGUCGCGGAGACGUUUACAAUGCGAGCGGCAACCAAAACUUUUCCGAAAGAGGAAAAAGGAAGAAAGAAUAUUCUAAAAAACAUGAUGAGGAGCGUGAUAGAGGAGGUGACGAUGACGGGAGAAAUACGGGUUCAUUACGCGAUGAUAACGUUAAGGAGGCAAAAAAGAAUUCAGCUCAACAGGUGCGUUAUCGGCGUACUUCUCCUAGUCGCGGUGAUAGCUCACCAAGUUCUCAUCCAGGGGUUAAUGCUGAUCGUGUAUCUCAUGUUAAAUCGCCAGUUACCUCAGAAGGACAAGAGGAGUGGGAGACGGCUUCUGAAACACCACGGCGAGAAGUUACGAACGAGAAUGCAACAACUCGUACUACUCAUUCAAAAAACGCGAAACCCGCCAGUACUACAUUGCACGCGGCCGCCCGAGGGGGACAGUCACACAACCAGGAAAUCGGUCAGGUGACAAACUCGGAGCCGCACAGACGUGAAGGGGCCUGCAGAGACGGACUGGCGGGAUUAGAUAUUAAUGAUGCAGGCGUCGUAGUGAUUGAUGAUCUGCGUGAUGUUGAGAACAUGUCCAGCGAUCAAGCCGCGAACGGUGAUGAUGAUUUUGAAGAGGAACGUCGUAAGCAAAAGGAGAAGGAAAAGGAGAAGAGGAAAAUGCGGCAGUUAACAAGGAAGAUGGACAGAAGAGUUACGGUUGGAAAGGAUACCAAAGUAGCAAACGCAGCUGGUGGCAAUGCUGGUCGCGUUUUGGGAGAGCAGCAGAAUAACAGUUCUGUUGGCUCAGGGUUAACGAGGAGCUCUCCAGCAAUGUUAAACACAACUGUGUGGAAUAGUUCAAUUAUUAAGGAACAAGGCCUACCGCCGCUUGACAACCAUCCUGUGAUACCAUCGCCGAUUGCUCGUCCCGUUCAUAAAACAGGUACAAGUGCUUCUUCCACCAUUCAUUCUGCUCAAAAAACGGUUGAAGCGUGGACAAGGCCGGAUGAAGAACAGCGACAAACUAUGUCUAAAAAGCUUGAUGAUUCAUGUUCCAAUGCCUCAGUAAAGAAAACUACCGUUGAAUUUACUGCAAAUUUCAACUCUCCUCCUACUCGUCCAGAGAGCGGAAAAUAUGAUUUUACUUUUGAUCCGACGCUGCAGGAUAGUUCGCAACCUUUGUCUUCGAAGAAUUCAUCGAAAAGUAUCGGAGUUAAUGGAGAUCAUAUGGAGGGAGGCUCACUUAAAACUUUGAGCAUGGAGCAAAAUGAUGAUGAAAGGUUGAAGGAGAAACUCGACAAGGUUAAAGAUUUCUGGACAGGGCAGCAGCAGUUCCCGAAUAGCCUUUUGGAAAAUGCAGUUGGAAGCAAUUCUAUUACACAGCUAAACGACAAAUCACAGUCCUCAGCGGCAGGGACUGGGUCGUUACACGGUCCUAAUGUUGCAAAGGUUCGUCCCCAGCCACAAUCUAGUGACACUUGCGGUUCGUCUGUUCCUUUGAAAGAUUCAGUAUCUACUUCGUCCUCGGCUUCAGUUCUUCCACCACCAUCUCCAGUGCCUUGUAUUCCACCUGGGACUUACCUGCAGUCACUGGCACAAGUGCCGCCUCCGGCUGCUCAUCCACAUUACUCAAUGAUUUUUGGAGACCCACUCUCUACGGUAACAAUUAUUUUUAAGGCUGUGUUUAAUGGUGGCGUUUCGGCAUCCCAGGGACCCAUUUCUCGUUCAAGACCAACGUCGUUCAUCGAACCUUCUCAACUUUUUGUUCAUCCUCCACCUGCCGGGACAGCGUCAAGUAGUCUUACUUGGUCAAAUCAGGCGCCACAGUUGGAGCUUCUCUCGGGACUAACUCCUACACCUUCAUUGUCUUCACAGUCUAGGCCCACUUCAGUGCAGCGAUUCCAGGGUCCUUCUGGUUCUACAUUUGGAACUCCUCCGCCUGUGUUGAAUGGCGCUGCGAAGUUAUCACACAUUGCCCCUCCACCUCCUUCGCAUCAGGUCCCUCCCCCAUUGCAUCCUGCACAUAAUUUUAUGCCUCCACCUCCACAUGAAUUUUUUCCUCAUCAAGGAUCUACUCUCGGUCCUGUAGGCAGUCAACGUGGAACAGAGAUUUCUUCUCAAGCGGCUUCUUCAGGAGGUUUGACUCGUAGCAGUGUUGGUCUGCUCGGUCAGAUCAACUUCCAGCCGCAAUCGCCUUCAGCGUUUGGUUUACCAGGUGCAACUGCCUUUAACCAGGUACCCCCGAUGCAUGCUUUUACAGCUCCACCGCCACCGCUACGUUUUCCUCCCGUGCAGACUGUGAAUAAUGAUGUAAAUGGUGUGGCUGCAGCUGGAUGGGGUAAAGCUGCGCUUCCAUCACUAUCUGUGAAAUUUCCUAAUGGUGUGUUGCUAUUUUUUAUUUCCUGCUGAACGUGCACACCAAAUGUAGUUAAUUUGGAACGUAAUGGUGGCCGGAAUCCCGGUGAGCGCUGGGCUGUGCCGGCUAAUUUGCAGCAGCAGUUUCAAAACCCUUUUGCAUUUCAGCAACAAAAUUUUGGAAAAGACGGGAAUGAAGGAAUGCAGUCUAACGGGGAGCGAUUUUCUUCCCAGUGCUCUUCAGAACCGAGGCGUGAAACAGCUGAAGAACGGGCUAGUACAGCAUCUAGCAUAUCAGCAAGCGGAAAUGAGGCUGUAGAUAACUCGAAGAAAGCGGCAGCUAAAGUCUAA